UGACGGAGCUUGCAUUCCACCCCGAACCGCCAGGUGGCGUGGCUACUUACUGUGAUUGAAACCCAUUUUGACCAAUCCAGUCCAACCAGCAGCAGCUUGUGUACAGCAGUGAUAAACAUGGCCGGUGGAGCAACACCAAGCGAAACAGCAACGGAUGAAAAGGACGAUUUGCAUUAUUUACGGGAACUGGUGGAUGCGUUGUAUCAUUUCCGGGACCAUUAUUUUGAGACGCACAGCGUAGAGGAGGCUAACAGGAAGCAGAGCGAUGUGGCAGCAGAGAUGGGGAAGACCUUGAGCAGCCUGGAGGAGAUGGAAGGCAGCUGCACAGACAAAGCAGUGUUCCUGCUCCUGAAGGGAAGGACCCUGAACGUGGGGCCGGAGUUCAGCAGCCAGGCCGAGGAUGCUCUCUCCAGGGCCGUCAAACUGGACCCCACUCUGGUGGAGGCCUGGAACCAGCUGGGAGAGGUGUACUGGAAGAAAGGGGACGUGAGCGGGGCACGGACCUGCUUCUCAGGGGCUCAGAACCACUGUAAGAACAAGGUGUCCCUGAGAAAUCUCUCCAUGGUUUUGAGACAGAUCCAGACUCCCAACGAGGAUAACUCCAAAAACGUGUUUGAGAGCGUCAGCAAGGCCAAGCAGGCAGUGCAGCUGGACAUUGCGGACGGGACGUCCUGGUAUAUCCUCGGCAAUGCUUACCUCUCUCUGUUUUUCUCGACUGGGCAGGAUCCUAAAAUAUCACAACUAGCUAUAAGUGCGUAUGCUCAAGCGGAGAAGAUGGACAGCACAGCCAGUUCGAACCCUGAUCUUCAUCUCAACAGGGCUACGCUGUAUAAGUUCGAGGAGCAGUUUGCAGAGGCUCUACAUGGCUUCUCUAGAGCUGCAGCUCUCGACCCAGCCUGGACAGAACCACCAGAGAGGGAGAGACAGCUGCUAGACUACCUGGACAGACUGACUGCACUCAUCAGCAACAAGGGCAAGGUGAAGGUGAAGCGGCUGCAAAGCAUGCUGGGAUCGCUGCGGCCCACAGAUCUGAGGGCGUGCUGCGAUGGACAGUACCAGAACAGCGCGGGCCAGCGGGUCAAACUGGACCGGCAGCAGCUGGCCUCCCUCAAAGCAGGGGUGAACACGGGCGGCGCAGUGCUGGGCAGAGUGGUGUUCAGCAUCACCCCUGAGGAGAAGGUGCCAUUCACGUUUGGUCUGGUGGACACUGAAGGCACGUGCUGUGCUGUGAUGGUGUACAACAUGGCUGAGAGCUGGGGAGUGCUGAUAGGAGACUCCGUAGCGAUUCCAGAGCCCAACGUCAAAUUACACAACCUCACACACAAGGGCAAGACCUAUGCAUUCCAGAGUAUCCGGGUGUAUUCCCCGCUGAUGCUGAUUGUAAACGGAAAGAAACAAGGACCAAACUGCCUCGCCUCCGCCACGGUGACAUACAAGCCUCAGAGCGACUGAGAGGACGAGAAGAAAAACAGGGGGAGAGCAGGGAAAAUGAGGAGGGGGAGACAGAGAGACCCAGCCAAACCUUGCACAUUGGCACUGAAACAGAAUGGAGAACCAUAUUUUCUUUCUUUAUAUAUAUAUAUAUAUAUAUAGCUCAUCCCUAGCUUGAAACACAGGUAAGAUGCAUACAGUGCUAUGAAAAGAAGGAACCAGUGAAUGUCAAAACCACGCACACACAUGCCUGUGCUUCACACUGGCCCUGCUGCACCCACUCCUGGGUUUCAGAACUCCCCAUCAAGAGCCAGGAGUUUGAGGUUAAAUAAAUUGUUCCUCCCUUAUAGCUGCAUGAACAACUCCUCCUAUUAGUAAACCUACAGACUCACAGCUGUGAUGAGAAUCAGUUUAUUCAGAGCAGAUUUACCAGGGGUGUGGUUAUUCAUAUUUCUCUCCCACUAUCUUUUUGUGUAUAUUAAAUCUUUUUAAAAGUUUUAGUUUUUUCAGUUUAAGAUUUUACAUGUUGUUAUUGUUGUUGCAAAUUGUUUUUUCAAUGUUGAGUAUAAGGAUGCUUCUUUUUAUACAGUUUAACGUAUUGUUACAUUUUCCUUGUUCUGUAAAACCAAAAAUAAAAAACAAUAAGGAAAUGAAA